UUGUAUUAGAUUUUUUUUUUUCAUUUUAACAUGUGUGUGAUCAUACGACGAAGCAUGUGUGAACGUCGCGUGAGUUUCACUGACUUGGCAUAAUCGAAAUAAUCGUACGAUCAUCAGUUGAUUUCUAGUUGCCAAGGUGUUUGGAAGAAUUUAUAAAAACUCUUAAUCACAAUAACUCAACUAUCAUAUUUUUUUUUUUUUCAAUUACAAGUAGUUUUUUUAUUUUUAUUUUUCAUAGCAUAUUAUCAGAAACAAUAAUCAUGAACGGAAAUAUCACCAGGACUUCGACAGAGGAGACUCUUCAGCUCAUCAGACAAUCACUUAAAGAAGACGAGAUGGAUCGCCUGGAGGGACAUCAUUUUGAUGGUCAAAUUCCUCAUGUAUUUAUUACUCUUGGUGCAUCAGGUGAUUUGGCUAAAAAAAAAAUUUAUCCAACUCUUUGGUGGCUAUUUCGUGAUAAUUUAUUGCCAAAAACAACAACUUUUUUUGGCUAUGCUAGAAGUAAAUUAACAGUUAAAGAUUUGCGACAAAAAUGUCAUCAAUAUAUGAAAGUUAAACCAGGUGAAGAAUCAAAAUAUGAAGAAUUUUGGACUUUAAAUAAUUAUGUUGCUGGUUCAUAUGAUUCAGAAAGUGAUUUUAUAAAAUUAAAUAAAGAAUUAGAAAAUUUUGAAACUGGAUCAAAAGGAAAUCGUUUAUUUUAUUUGGCUUUACCACCAACGGUAUUUGAAGAAGUAACUGUUCAUAUAAGAAAUAAUUGUAUGUCAAAAAAAGGAUGGUCAAGAAUAAUUAUUGAAAAACCAUUUGGUCGUGAUGCACCAACAUCUGAACGUCUUACAAAUCAUCUUGCAUCAUUAUUCGACGAAGAACAAUUGUAUAGAAUUGAUCAUUAUCUUGGUAAAGAAAUGGUACAAAAUUUAAUGACACUUAGAUUUGGUAAUAGAAUAUUUAAUCCAACUUGGAAUAGAGAUAAUAUUGCUUGUGUACAAAUAACAUUUAAAGAACCAUUUGGUACACAAGGACGUGGUGGUUAUUUUGAUGAAUUUGGUAUUAUACGUGAUGUCAUGCAAAAUCAUUUGUUACAAAUAAUGUCACUUGUUGCUAUGGAAAAACCAGCAUCAUGUUGUCCAAAUGAUAUAAGAAAUGAAAAAGUUAAAGUUUUAAAAUGCAUUAAACCAUUGGAUUUAAAUGACGUUGUACUUGGUCAAUAUAUUGGUAAUCCAGAUGCAAUUGAAGAAGAUGAAAAACAUGGUUAUCUUGAUGAUCCAACUGUUCCAAAAAAUUCAACAACUCCAACUUAUGCUAUGGGAGUUUUAAAAAUAAAUAAUGAACGUUGGGAUGGUGUACCAUUUAUUUUAAAAUGUGGAAAAGCAUUGAAUGAACGUAAAGCUGAAGUACGAGUACAAUAUCUUGAUGUACCUGGUGAUAUAUUCGAUGGUCAAGCUAAACGUAAUGAAUUAGUCAUUAGAGUUCAACCGGGUGAAGCAUUGUACGUUAAAAUGAUGACUAAAACACCUGGUAUUACAUUUGACAUGGAAGAAACUGAGCUUGAUCUUACAUAUGGAAAAAGAUACAAGAAUUUGAAAUUACCUGAUGCCUAUGAACGUUUAAUUUUGGAUGUUUUUUGUGGAUCACAAAUGCACUUUGUUAGAAGCGAUGAACUCUCUGAAGCUUGGAGAAUAUUUACACCACUAUUGCAUCGUAUUGAAAAUGAAACAAUCCGUCCAAUUACAUAUAAGUACAAAUCAAGAGGACCAAAAGAAGCCGAUGAAAUGGCACGUAAUAAUAAUUUUGUUUACUAUGGUUCAUACAAGUGGAAUGAACACCACUGAUAAUAUCUUUUUUCUUUUUUUUCUUUUUAUUUUUAAAAUGUUUAUAAGUCAUAGAAUUUAUGAUUCAAUUAAUUCAUAUUUAUAUAUGGAAAUUAAAACAUUGAAAAAAUAAAAAGAAAAAAAUUAAUUAAUUCGUUCUCAUGCUCUGCCAGAAGCUAGAUAAUAUUUUUUCAUAGUUUAUAAAUCAAUGGCAUUUAAAAAAAAAAAAAACAAUUAUUAUUUUAGUAAUUUUUCAUCAUUUUUAUAAAAUAAUAUUUGAAUAUUUAUAUUUUCAUAUUUUUCAAUACUGUUAAAAUUCGUAGAUAUAUACUAUCGACGUUAAAGAAAAAAUUAUUUUUUUUUUUUUGAUAAUACUUCAAGUGUAAGACAAUUUUGUAUGUUAAAAGAAAAAAAAAAAAGGAAAUUAUUAAAUUAUAUUAUCAUUGAAAUAAAAAUACAAUUUUCAUAAUAUUAAUUGUGUAUUAAUUACAAUUAUAAAUUAAUUGAUAUAUAUAUAUAUUUUUUUAAAUUAAAAAUUAUUAUUUGUACAUGAAAAAAAAGGGUACAUGCCUAACAAGUUGACAUGUUUUAUUAAAAUUUAUAAUUAAUCUCAAUAGUUUUUCAUUUAUAAUUAAAAAUAAUUUACAAAAUUA